AUGACUUGUGCGAGGGGUAAUGUUCCUGAGACUGUGAUUGCCUUCAUUGUCGAUCGAUAUCUAUCUCGCAACCAAUUCUCCCAAACGCAGGCCACCUUUCGCAACGAAGCUUCGAUACUCCUCGCCGAUUCACCAGCAAACGAGAAUUUGUUGACUUUGGAGGGGAUUGUGGAUCAGUAUAUAUUUAUGAAGAAACAGAACAAUCUGCUCGAUAAAGAAAAUGUCAUGUUGAUGCAAGAGAAACACAGAAUCCAAAUGUUGUUGCAAGAUUUGCAGAAUGUUUUGGACAGUUUCAAUGCAAGAUCAUCACCCUUCUCCAAUGCCGCAGCCAUGAUUCAAAAUUCUGCAGUUCUGCCUCCAAUGCAAAAUUCUAAUAGAUAUCAUCCAGGAAUUCCAAUGCAAAAUUCUAAAAGAAAUAUUCCAGUUGUGUCUACUGGCAUCGUUUUUCCUAUGCAAAACACAAUGUCAGUGACGCCUACAUCCAUGGACAAUAUAAGCUUGUCAUCACCUAUGAUCAGAAUGCUUGACAGAAAGAGGAAAGAUACUCCAUCAUUAGACGGGUGUACAGUUGCAAAGAAACCACGUGGUAGACCACCUGGUAGUAAAAAUCAAGUCAAAGGUGUAAACACAUUGCUACCAUCUCCUAGUACCAAAGUAGAUUUUGGGUCCUCUUCUGCAUCAACUCAGUCACUGGUAGGGAAUUCUGCUCUCCGAGGAUCACUGAUUUCAACUAAUCCAGUUUCCAGAACACUUCCUAUAAUCCAUUCAAUUCAAUCUGAUACACACGUGUCCCUACCUGUAUCUUCUGAUGUAGCCCAGACCACUGAGAUUUCUCCUACUGCAGCCUGUAAUGGGGAAGUCAUUACUCCUUGUUACAAUGUGAUUUCAGCCAAUGGAGUUAUGGUUCAACCUGAAAAGCAAAUGGUUUACAAAAAAGACAAUGACAUUUCUCCCAUUGAGCCACAUAGUGAUCAAACAAAUAACGGGAAUGCAUACAAGCCAAGUACAGAGACAUUGGACAAGCCACUUGGAAUUCCUCCUUCUGAGUCUGAGUCUGACAAGGACAGAGACAUUUGGGCACAACUAGGAUUGGACGACAUUGAUUUUUCAUGCUCUGAAGAAGAUGACUCAUUCACUAAAAUGAUAAGAGAUAUAGAAAUCAUGAAUGAAAAUGCUUCUGACCAUUAA